GUGACAUUUUCUGGGUAUAUGUGUACACACAAUAUACAUAAUUGUAUGUAUGCCUGUGUUAUAACCUUAAAUUCAAAGCAAUGUAGUUAGCUUUUAGUAGUUGAAGGUACUCGUGAAAUAACUUAAUUUCUCAAAGAUAUUUAGAAAUUUCAUAUUGAUUUGGUUGCAUCUAUAUACGUAUUUACUCAGCGAAACAUCACAGUAACUCAUUGAAAUGCCAAAAGAAAACACCAUAACAUCUAUUAACUGCAAGGAUGAAAUAUCAUCAAAUUUAAUAGGAGAAUCAUCAACUGCUGGAAAGUCUGAAGAUGAAUCUGUUGUCACGGAUGCAGUUCACGAGCGCUUUAAAGAAAUACACGUCUUUUGCAAUGACUGUAAAAUCAAAGUAAUUGGAAACGAUAUAGAAAUUAAGAAACAUUUCAAUGCUCUACAUCCGUCCGACGAAUUAUGCGUCUACUGCAAUAAAAAAGUUUACAGAUAUUACAGUUUAAAUAGCCAAGAAAAUACAAAAGAACGAGGAUUUGUUUUUCACGAAUGUAAUGAGUGAAAUUUAAUUUUAAGUUUUUAGAUAGUACAGUAAUAAAAUAUUUUUUUAAUUUUGUAA